GAGGGGAGGGCAGGCAAAAGGGGUUGCGAGACAACCUUAGCCACGCCUCUCAUCUCCUCGCCUCCUCCCCCAGUAACUUCUCGGCGACGAUCGUUGGCGACUGCCCGAGUGUAGAAAAUCUCUCCUACGUUUGGUACCAUCGCGCAGAGCGAGAGACAAGGCCCUUGUUCAUUGCCGAUUCCUUUUCGAUGGUGAAUGCAUGAAAUGCUCUGUUGUGCGCGCGCCACGAAGUAUCACUCCCCAUCGGUGGACAAAGUUUUUAUCUGUUCCGCAGAUCUGUGCUCACGCACGUUUAUAGCGUAGUGAUAAGGAAUUUAUUGUUCUUCAGCAAGGAUCUGAAAAGGAAGGCAUUGUGGACACAUUGGUAAAAGACGCCCUGUGUCUGCCGCAGAAUGUGAAGUAUUGUGGUGGUGGUGAUUUCGUUGACAUUUAUGACUGUUAAUAUGGUGUCAUGUUCUGAAAGCGGUGAAGAAAUAAGUAUUAUUUGGUGAGACAGUUGUUAAGUUAUCCUCUUUGUUAAGUGUAUCCAUUUUUCCCAAGGUGGCGAUAUAAUUUUUUUUUUUUCUGUGAUUUAAUGGUGCGAUCAAGAAUGUCGAAUAAUGAAUGCUUGCUUCAUGCGUCUUUAAUGAUUCCGUUACUGAAUUGCUGAUCUAAUAGACUUGUAAAUAUUUCGCAUCAGAUAGCAAAACUUUUCAUUACCUGGAUAUUAUAUUCCAGAGAUGAUAUUACGAAUUUUUACUUCGUGAAUCUUCUGUUUCUUUUGAGUUUAAUCGCCUAUUUCGGAAUAAAUUAAAUUUAUUAUUCUGAAACGGAAAAAUUGCACUUUGAAACUCUAUGAAAAUGAUUCUCUUAAUGCUAUAUCACUACGCAGCAGAUGAUUUAAAUUAACUGCUUUAUAAGCGGUGCUAGUAAAAAGAGAAAAAAACCAAAAGACAUUGAUAACAUUUUAGAAUUUCUUCAAGGAAAAUUUCAAGAUAAGCAAUAUAUCCUCUGUAUCCGAAAAAUCGAAUUGACUGAUUUACUUGUAAAGCUUAAUUGGAAAUAAUUAUUCGGAAACUCCGCGAUAUAAUUGCAAUCUAGUCUCAUAUAGUGGCAAAUAUGCAAAUAAUCUAUGCAACUGCUGAAAGUCUGACAUAGCAAGUUUUAUUCUGCAAAACUGAUUCUUCUGGUAAGAAAGAUUUUAUAAUGAACAAUCAGACAUGUACCUGUGAUUAAUCCAAAGUUUGUUGAGAACUGAUUAAUCUGGUUAUUUAAAUCGACAUCUUAUGAUGGAUCGUGACGACUGCAAACACGAAUACGACGACGAUUUGGAUGCCGCCUCUUCCAGUGGGGGUUCUCCGGGAACCUGCGACGGUCUUUCUCCCGACGGUGGCCAUGGAGGCAUGGCCGAUGCUCUGGACGCUAAUCCCCGCAUCCAGGCCGCGGUGUCCAAAGUUCUACAGAGUUAUGACUGGUCUUUGGUGGCGAAGACAUCGCGCCAGGGCGGUAGCGAUAAGAGAAAGCCCCAUGUGAAGCGCCCCAUGAAUGCUUUCAUGGUGUGGGCUCAGGCAGCACGCCGUAAGCUCGCUGACCAGUAUCCCCACUUGCACAACGCUGAGCUCAGCAAGACUCUUGGAAAACUCUGGAGGGUCUUGGGUGACGACGAAAAGAAACCUUUCAUUGAAGAAGCCGAACGACUUCGAUGCAAGCACAAGAAAGACUAUCCCGACUACAAAUACCAACCUAGGCGCAGGAAACCUCCGAAGAGUUCCUCGGCAUUCAUGACACAGAAUUCCGACAUCAAUAAAACGACGUCGUCCGAGCACUUGACCGCAACGGCACCGGAACCUUGCCAACCGGACGGCUUGCACGACACCUCCAAGCACUACACUGGGGCUUUAUACGGGGCCGGGAGAACGUCUGGUACGCCCCCUACGCCACCAACAACACCCCAGCAUGGUGUGGGAGGUACGAGGUUUUCGUCGCAACAGCACUUGAGGGAGGAACAGCAACAUCAUAUUGGUCACAGUAUCACGGAGCUGUCCAGCAGAGGUCAUGAGCACAACAGCAACUUAUCCUCCCCUGCAUCGGUGGGUGCCACUUCGACGCCUGUCAUCACUACAUCAUCGGUUUCUCGAAAUGGUCCAUGCAAGUAUGCUACCACUACAGUCCUAGAAGCCACAGCUUCUUCUUCCUCGCCAAAUGGUCCACAUCUGGGGCCCCCACCUCCUACUGCGGACCCUUAUAUGCAUUUUGGACUCGCGCCACCUGGCGGUCCACACCAUCAGUACGCCCACCAUCUGCAACCUCCAGGUCCACCAGGACCUCCGUCCUGGAAUCGUUUUACAGAACAAUUUUCUCAAAGAGUCGGUUGCCUAUCUUCAGGGGGGCCUCGAGAUCACCACCAUUUGUCUGGUAAUGAGCACCCACUGCUGGGAGACUUGGAUAAGACUUCUGGAGCUGUUGUUAGUACAACAGGUGGUACCGGUCAAUUGCCACAGCACCAUCAGUCCACCUUAGAUCUGUACCGUGGUAAUUAUGGUGCUCCUGAGUUUCACCACAGUAACCGAAGGGUGCCCCCGCAUCAAUCUGCUUCUUUCCUGGACAGUGCGAGUGAAGGAGGUUUUGGACACUGUGGUCCAACGAAGACUUUUGGUCCAGCAGCUGGACUUUUGGGUAUGCAAAGCUGUCCUGUGUUUGGACACAUGGUCCCGGUAUCAUCGACACAAGAUCAGAGCAUGUUCUCAUCCGGGACGGACGGUAGGGUGAUGUCAGAAUCGGCAACGGGUUCAUGCGCUUACAAUCCUGGACAUUCUCUUGGGCACUUUCUGCAACCGAAGUAAUGCCCGAUAUGUGAUGUGCAGAAGGAAACGACAACACAAGGGCUUUAACGCGUUAUUUUUCAUCGCGUCUUAUCCCUGCUACUUUUUUAUAUUAUGGUUUUGUUUCUAUUGCGUGUAAUGAUAAAAAUGUCCUGUUGCUUUUAAUGAGUACAUAAAUGUGCUUUGUUACGGAGAUAUGAAGUAAAGUCAUACCUGAACACGCUUGUGUACUUA